UCACGCCGCCUGCGCCUCCUCGGGUAUGUCAAGUCUGCACGCAUCACCACCUCCAUUCUGAACUUCGCAUACGAUGCGUCCAGUGCGACGCAGCGCGCGUUGGAUGCGCUGCUCAACGAGACAAACAUUCUUAAGGGUGCGCUGGUGGUGUUGUACCCGUCGUACUGCCGCAAGACCGACGAUGGUUACGUCACGAAGGUACGCGGCUGGGUCAACUCCCCUGGUGGGAUGACCAAAAAGAACCGCUUGCUCAUUGGCUUUGCACGCCAGUUGGUCAAGCUCAACGCCACCAACGUUCCGCUGAAAGCCGACGAGACCACUGCGGAGUUGUAUGAGAAUGAGCUAAAGGAGACGGAAGACGACGACCUCACAGCGCGUCCCGUGAGGAGCGCCGACAGCUCUUCGAGCACGCUCACUUCCACUUCGCUGAAUUUGUCUACGAACUCGGACCUGCUUCUCAAUCAGCGCAUCGCCGCGUUCAUCGCCCGUUCUGUCACCAACCUCGAGUUGAAUAUCCACAUUGGCUCGGAAAGCCCGAUGCAUCCGGACGAAGUGGUGCACACGACGGUCGUCACGGACCUCAAUGGCCACUUCUCCACCCAGAUUACCACCAUCUACAAGCCGUCGCUCACUCACGUGCACGUCGCAUCGGAUGAAACCAUCUUCUCCAUGGAUGAGCCGUUGCUUGUGGGCACUAGCGGCGUGUCAGUAAUUUCCGAUAUCGACGACACUAUCAAGCUUACGGGUGUAACUGGUGAGAAGCGCCAGCUCUUCACAAACGUGUUUGCAACCGAGGUUGCCGCCUGGACGAUUCCCGGAGUGUCUGACUGGUACAACGCCAUGCACGACCGGGACGUACAGUUCCACUACGUGUCGAAUUCGCCGUGGCAGUUGUAUCCUGGGCUCCAGGAGUUUUUUAAGGCGUCGCCGUUCCCUCUCGGAUCGAUACACUUAAAGCAGUAUUCAGGAAACCUCAUUAACAGUUUCAUGGAACCGCUGGUGGAGCGCAAGCGCGCCUCGCUCAAGGCUAUAUUGAGCGACUUUUCCCGGCGGAGCUUCAUCUGCGUGGGUGAUUCUGGCGAAUACGACUUUGACGCAUAUUGUGAGUUGGCCAAGAACUACCCGGGGCAGGUUGCAGCGAUAUACAUCCGGUGUGUUCCGGGAACGUUUUCGGAUUUUGAUGACAAGGAGGUGCUUCGCGAUUUGAGACGGAGUAUCCAGAACUGGAAGACU